AUGCCUCCGUCCGACGAUCCGUUCGUGGACCAGGAGAAACCUGCCGAAUCCUCGGAGUUCACUUUGCGCCCGCUUAGAAUCCAAAAGAGACCCGACUCGUCUUCCUCUACUGCAACCUCCACUCCCCAAAAACCUCCCAAUGAUGAGUUCGUCUGUCGUCCCAUGAGACUUAGUCUGGCGUCCAGCCUACAAGCCCGAAGGAAGUCCGACUCCAGGGAUACUCGGCCAAAUGUUAAAAAAAGCGUGUCUUUGAGUGGCUCCAGCGAAUUGUCCACGCCAAUAUCGCUGCCCAAAGCGCCCAGUCGAGUUCUGUCUAUAAAAAUCAAAAAGUUACCUCUUGUUCAGUCACCGCGUCGCUCUUCAGUGGCCGAUUUGUCCAAGUGGGACGACAUGAUAUUUGCCUUGUGCUUGGUGGACUUUCACCAUGUACGUGGGCCCGAAGUGCAGUGGUGGAAGUCCAACUAUCAUUCGCAUUUUGACCACGACGACGUUCUCUUCCGCAAUUUGCCGUUUCAAGCACUUCCAGAUGGCUCGCACCUCUUUGAAGAGACUUUCAGCAAUUUUAAUUUGGUCUACGACUUCAAAAACUGCAUUUCCUUGGACAAUCUGGUAGAUAUCGAGACGUUCAAGGGUAACCCGAACCAUCUCGAGACGCUUUUCGGGUGUCUGUGUGUCCGUCAGGUGAAAACAGCUGACCUUUCCAGUGAGGAGCUUGAGCGCAACAAAGAUAUCACUCGAUCUAUAGUCCAGAAGGCCGUUGUAGUGAUAAGUCGAAAGCAGCCAAUUUUCACUAAAAUAAAGGAGAAAUUGUCCAUUAUUACCCACAGCUACUUCCAGCAGGUCAACUUUACUAACUUCGAGGUGCUCGAGGACUUAUUUGAGAAUCUUAACGACUCAUUCAAGUUGGUGGAGGAUGACGAUAAGUUGAAAAGACCAUUACUCCCAGAUGAAACCAUGCUCUUGGAAAACCAGAAGAACGAGAAGCAAGAGGAGUUCUACGUCAAUUUAAACUUGCGCCAUAUCUUACAUCAAUUCCGCUCUAACCUUCUCGUCAUCUUGAAAGCACUACUUCUUGAGAAGAAGGUGUUGAUCUAUUCCAACAAUAACUUGGAUCUUCUCACUCAGUUCCAGAAUAAUCUCAUCGCAUUAAUUCCUGACCUCUUGAACCAUUUAGAGCUAUCCGGUUGUCCAUUGAGCGAUUACACCGAGAAAUACUCUCCACUUAAUAAACCCAGUUCAUUGAAGACUAAUGAUAGGCAGUCUAUGCUAAGGUUUUUCGGGUUGCCUUUGCAAAUUUUCAACACAAAGGGUUCUUUCUGGAACCCCUACUUGCCUCUUCAACAGCUUGAUGAGUUGAAAGCAACGACGUUUAUGGUCGGCUGCUCUAAUUUGCUAAUUGCCAAUCAACUGACUCAGUUCAAGAUCGAUGUCAUGGUCAACUUGGACACAUCCCAAGUCACAUACCCACUUGGUAAACCAGAAGAGCUUGUUCUCUCUGCUAAUGAUAAGAAAUUCAUCACAAGUCUCCUUGCGACACAUCAAAGUGGUGAAUCGUUUGUUGGUAGUGACGACCACUUCCGCUAUCAAUUUGAAGACUACAUCCGGAGUCUUCUCGCAACUACCAGAAUGAAUCAGUAUAUGGAAAGAUUCAAGAGUCCCCCGCCAGGCUUUGAUGUUCAAUUAAAUCGAAACUUGGGCAAUUUGAAAAGCUUUGGGGAAAAUUUCGUCAAUGCCUGGUUCCAGACUCGCAACUACAAAAUCUGGGACGCCCUAUGUGAUGAGUUCAUCUUUAACUUUCACGAACCUUGCCACAUUGCCUACACGUUCACUGACAUCGCUCAAUCUAAUUUAUCGUCGUUCUUAUCGUCGUUCAAAAAGGUUCCAACUGCUCCCAGUCUCACUGAUCGCGCCAACCAGUACUUUUCCCAUGCGCACAAACCACAAAAGUUCAUUUCUGAAGAAUCAUCGGAGUCUGAACAGAAAGAAACUCUCACAAAGAAUGACACAGAAAAAAACAAGGGUUGGGGAUGGUUCAAGAAGUAA